AUGCGCGUUUCACUUCUUGUUUCAGCACUCGUUGCGCCGAUUGCCCUUGCAGCUCCCACACUAGAGGCCCGCCAGGCAGCUCCCGUUAAGCCCGCACCCUGUGUGCGUAACAGCAAGGUCACAGAGCAGGAGACAAAGGAACGAUUUGAACAGUUUGCGCAGGCGUUUAUCUACAAGCCGGAUAUCAGCAAGGCGUUUUCGUUUAUUGCAGUCGAUUAUAUUAAUCACAAUCCUCAAGUAGCAAAUGGCUCCACUGCCGCAUGGGACGUUCUCUCCCCCUUCUGGAAUACAGCCAACAUCACCGCCAAGCGCACGGCGUUCAACUCUUCCAUGAGCUGGGUCAAUUACGACUCCCAGUUUGGCGACGUUGUGGAUCGGUUUAGGUGGGAAGGUGGAUGUAUUGUUGAGCACUGGGAUCAGAAUGAGACGUUUCCCGCAAUUAAAGGCUGCAAGGCUAUCUAUCAAGGUUGA